AUGCAGCUGCUGCCAUCCCCUGAACCACAGCUGCUGCCAUCCCCUGAACCACAGCUGCUGCCAUCCCCUGAACCACAGCCGCUGUCAUCCCCUGAACCACAGCUGCUGUCAUACCUUGAACCACAGCCGCUGCCAUCCCCUGAACCACAGCUGCUGCCAUCCCUUGAACCACAGCUGCUGUCAUCCCUUGAACCACAGCUGCUGCCAUCCCCUGAACCACAGCUGCUGCCAUCCCCUGAACCACAGCCGCUGUCAUCCCUUGAACGUCAGCCGCUGCCAUCCCUCGAACCACAGCUGCUGCCAUCCCUUGAACCACAGCUGCUGUCAUCCCUUGAACCACAGCUGCUGCCAUCCCUUGAACCACAGCUGCUGCCAUCCCCUGUACCACAGCCGCUGUCAUCCCUUGAACCACAGCUGCUGCCAUCCCCUGAACCACAGCCGCUGCCAUCCCUUGAACCACAGCCGCUGCCAUCCCUUGAACCACAGCCGCUGCCAUCCCCUGAACCACAGCCGCUGUCAUCCCCUGAACCACAGCCGCUGUCAUCCCCUGAACCACAGCCGCUGCCAUCCCCUGAACCACAGCCGCUGCCAUCCCCUGAACCACAGCUGCUGCCAUCCCCUGAACCACAGCCGCUGUCAUCCCCUGAACCACAGCUGCUGCCAUCCCCUGAACCACAGCCGCUGUCAUCCCCUGAACCACAGCCGCUGUCAUCCCUUGAACCACAGCCGCUGUCAUCCCUUGAACCACAGCCGCUGCCAUCCCUUGAACCACAGCUGCUGUCAUACCUUGAACCACAGCUGCUGUCAUCCCUUGAACCACAGCCGCUGCCAUCCCUUGAACCACAGCCGCUGCCAUCCCUUGAACCACAGCCGCUGCCAUCCCUCGAACCACAGCCGCUGCCAUCCCUCGAACCACGGCCCACCAAACAGUUCUCGCGAACGGGACAUCGCAUUUUGACGUAUAAUUUCCCUAAGGCCAAAAGCCGCUACACUCACAGCGACUCGCGAAGUUGA